AUGUUGAGCCUCAUCAUCGCUUUAUUUGCAGUUGGGCUUGGAGCUGGCUUCACGCAAAACUCGGCACCAUGCCAGGCUGUAACGCAGCAUCUUAGUGAUCCUCCGUAUGAGAAUUACUUCUAUUCCGAUUGCAAUGGUGACACACAAGCAGUGGUGACCAGUCCAUUACCCGAUUCAAAUCUAUCCAUCAUUAGUCCCCGAUUGGUCAUUGCCUGGCCUGCUGGUAAUAGUGGCAUAUGCACAUUUUUCCAGCCUCAAAGUAGUCCCAAUGGCUCACUCGCCAUCGAAUUGGUCAACUCUACCAUAGGAACACCUUUGGCGCCGGUUUAUAGAACGACACAAAGCUCUGAUAAUCCUGUCGUGGGAGUCCAAGGGGUUCUCUCGUUCAACAGCUCGGCCACACUGACCAUCCCCAUUUUAGGAAGCGUCAGAACCAUCCGUGAUUUCACCGAAGGACCAAGUCUUCUUCGACCUGUCAUUCAGGAUGCCAUCCAUCUCAGAAGGACCAAUGGGACAGGGGCCACGUUUUCCCGACUUUGGCUUGAUAAUGUCACCACCACAACCUUUACCAUGGUCCCGUAUCAGAACUCGGACACCAAUAUCACCAUCACCCAACGGAAUAACACUAUCAGCUUCGGGGCAGGAUUCUACACCUUCACCGCCAGCUUCAACUAUCCACAACUGACUCAGCUUUCCCCCCGUCGAGUCUUGAAUGCCGCAUCACAGGACUUAAUUGCACAACAACCCGAUCAAACGACAUCGCUCUCAUUCCUAUCCUACACGGAAAAGCUUCUUGCUGGAGCAUGGAGAUUUCUCACCUACUUCGGGCGUGACAGUAUGAUCAGUGCCCUCCUUCUUGAACCAGUUUUGAGUCAAGGCAACGGAUCCGCGACGGAAGCCGUCAUCGGCGCCGUCCUCGAACGUAUCAACCGGACCGACGGUUCGGUGUGCCAUGAGGAGACGAUUGGCGACUAUGCCACGUACUUGAAUCUGGAGAACAACAUCACCAGUACUGCUCCUGGUCUGACCUAUCCCAUGAUAGACACCGAUUUUUACCUACCAGUUUUAAUGGCGCAGUACUUCAACAGCAGUCCCUCCCGUGUUCAGCCACUCUUGAACCGGAGAACUGGAUCUCUCGAUCUCCCAAACCGGAACCUCACAUACGCCAAUUUGACCCUCAUUAAUGCCGAGAAAAUCAUGAAUAUUACGGCGGCAUUUGCUCGAAAUCAAACAGCUGCGAAUUUAAUUCAUCUCAAAUCCGAUGAAAUUGUCGGUCAGUGGCGUGAUUCGACUUAUGGGCUCGGUGGAGGUCGGAUCCCCUUCGACGUCAAUACCGCUCUCGCACCAGCCGCCCUCCGCGCGAUUGCGCAAUUGGCGCGCACACCGGGCGUCUUUCCCAACAAUACCGGCGUCAAUACGGCCUCCUGGGAUACGCUGGCCGAAUCUCGCGCACAAAUCUGGGAAGACAACACGCUGCAGUUUUUCGAGACCAAUCUCACGGCCUCCACCGCCCGAUCCCGGCUCCAGGAUUUCGUCGAUACUGCAGCAUUCUACCAUGGACCAACCAACGCCUCCUCCUUGCCGGCCUCGGGUAAUGUAACAACCUAUUCAAUCGCAUUGCAAGGUUACAACAACCUCUCCUCCGUAGAUGUCCUGCAUAGCGACACAGGAUUCCGCCUUUUCUUCUUGAACGCCUCGUCGUCCACGCCCGAGGCUGCUGCACAGGAGACACGCUUCAUCAACGCGACGGCAAAUAGUCUGCUUCGCCCAUUCCCUGCAGGCCUCAUGACGCCGCAGAGCAUGGUAGUCGCGAAUCCAGCACUAUCAGGCUCCGACGUGCUGAUUGCCAACUUCACCAACUCGGCGUACCACGGCACGGUGGUAUGGUCAUUCCAGCUGGCCAUGAUGGCCAAGGGUCUCGAGCGCCAACUCGCCCGUUGCAACGCCAGUAUAGUGCCCGCAUGGUGCAGCACGCCCUCGGUGCAGAACAAUGUGCGUCGCGCCUACAACGUGCUGUGGAACAGCAUCGAAGCCAAUGCCGCACAGCUACAGACCGAAGUCUGGAGCUGGACGUAUAGUAACUCUACGGGACGGUAUGUGACGACUCCGCUGGGUGCGUUACCGCCUCCUCCUGGUGUGAGUGCCGGCACGGAGAGCAAUGUGCGGCAGCUUUGGAGUUUAACAUUUUUGGCCGUAAGGAGGGAUGAGAGCUUGCGAUGA